GUAAAGGUCGCAUCAUCUGACGUCACUACUCCCGUUAAGUUGCAACCAGGCUCCUUUUUCUGGACGAGCCACAUGCGAUGGUAUGAAAAGUAUGAAAGCGUUGUACAACUGUACAUGCAGGACCGGAACACUAUAGAAUGUAAUGCCACUGUAUAGGACCUGUAAAUGUUUACGGAAGGGGAUGUUUGCCCGGUCAGUCGGUAGUGUCGAAGCCUGGAGAGACCCCCGCAACUUUCCCUGAUGUGUGGCAGAGGGUAGACAUUUUUGCUGGUUUACAUUAGCUAGCUAGCUUCAUGCUAUACAGUACUACUGAAACCUGUAUGUAGAUUUUACAGGAUAGUUAUCAAGGCGACCAUGGCUAACCGAAUGUCAGACCUUUUCUCGAACAGCCGCCUCGUCAUUGGAUUAUUGGCCAAUUUGCUAUCAUCGAUAUGCAUCGUUUUCAUCAACAAAUGGAUCUAUGUUCACUAUGGCUUCCCAAACAUGACUCUAACUCUGAUCCAUUUCGUUGUGACAUGGCUUGGACUAUGGGUAUGCCAGAAGAUGGACAUAUUUGCGCCAAAGAGUCUCCAACCCACCAAAAUGAUCUGGCUCGCUCUAAGCUUCUGUGGCUUCGUGGCUUUCACCAAUCUGUCUUUACAAAACAACACCAUCGGUACUUACCAGCUGGCCAAAGUGAUGACAACUCCUGUGAUCAUUGUCAUACAGACAAUGUACUACAAGAAGACAUUCUCCACCAAGAUCAAGUUGACUUUGGUACCCAUAACGUUAGGUGUGAUCCUCAACUCCUACUAUGAUGUGAGAUUCAACCUCCUGGGGAUGGUCUUUGCCACACUAGGAGUGUUCGUCACCUCCCUCUAUCAG